UUGAGUUGGUGGAGGGAGGUGCGUGAGAGUGGACACUGGAAGUCUUUUUUGCUGCUUCUUCACAGCUCCUGUGGUGAGAUGGAUGUCAUUUGGCGUGCGUGGAAUAAUUUUCAAAUCAUUUUUGAAUUGUUUCCUCUAACGUGACUUCACAGUGGGCCAACUUUGCAGCCCCAUUCGUCUUCUUGGCCACUCAGCACAUUCUUUUUUCUUUUUUUUUAGGAUACCACAUUGAUUUUUUUUUCCUGCGUGGGGAAUGUGUGCUUAGAAAGAGAAAAAGAGAGUGCAUGCCGGAGGAUGUUGCAGCGAACAGGCCAUGUUGGAUCACUUUGGGGCAGCAGAACCCAGCAGGCGGUACUGACAGCAGCUUGUUGAUGGCACUGCGCACUGGGAGGACUUGGUUCGGACGGGUCUUGCGCAGGGUCUCACGGCUGCAGGGCUCCUGGUCCAGGCGCUCCAGCAGUCUUUUGUGUCUCUCCGCGAACCAGGAGCAGGAUCUGGGCUUCUCCGCGUACCGCUGCCCCAGCCCCGGCGCCCACCUCGGCCACCGUCACCGGAGCGCACCCCUCUGCGCAUCCGCCUCCAGGCGCGGUUCACUCGGCUUCCCUCACCGCGCUCGUCGCACCAUCCCGGGGAGGAACACGAGGGGACAUGAGCCCCUCACUCGCCGGCUCCUGGUGGCCAUGAAGCGGCAAAACGUGCGGACCUUAUCCCUGAUCAUUUGCACGUUCACCUACCUGCUGGUGGGGGCCGCCGUCUUUGACGCUCUGGAGUCCGACUUUGAGAUGCGGGAGAAGGAGCAGCUGGAAGCCGAGGAGAGGCGCCUCCAGGGGAAGUACAACAUCAGCGAGGACGACUACCGCAAGCUGGAGACCAUCAUCAUGGAGGCUGAGCCGCACAGAGCCGGGGUGCAGUGGAAAUUCGCCGGCUCCUUUUACUUUGCCAUCACGGUCAUCACCACCAUCGGCUACGGGCACGCGGCGCCAGGAACGGACGCAGGCAAGGCCUUCUGCAUGUUUUACGCCGUCCUGGGCAUCCCCCUGACGCUGGUGAUGUUCCAAAGCCUGGGCGAGCGCAUGAACACAUUUGUCAAGUACCUCCUGAAGCGCAUCAAGAAGUGCUGCGGCAUGAGCAUCACCGACGUCUCCAUGGAGAACAUGGUGACCGUGGGCUUCUUCUCCUGCAUCGGGACGCUGUGCAUCGGCGCCGCCGCCUUCUCGCACUACGAGGACUGGAGCUUCUUCCAGUCGUACUAUUACUGCUUCAUUACGCUAACAACCAUCGGCUUUGGGGACUUUGUGGCCCUCCAGAAGAACAGGGCCCUGCAGAAGAAGCCCCUCUACGUGGCCUUCAGCUUCAUGUACAUCCUGGUGGGCCUCACGGUCAUCGGAGCCUUCCUCAACUUGGUGGUGCUCCGCUUCUUGACCAUGAACAGCGAGGACGAGCGGCGGGACGCCGAGGAGCGAGCCUCCCUUGCCGGGAACCGGAACAGCAUGAUCAUCCACAUCCAGGACGAGUCCCUACAGCGAGGGCGACGACGGCACGAGCCCCACGGCGAGGAGAUGACCGACCUGCACUCGGUGUGCUCCUGCAUGCACUACCACUCGCACGACUUGGGAUGCGCCUUCUCCCACCGGAACUCACUCAGCCCCGGUCAGUACUUUCACUCCAUCUCCUACAAGAUCGAGGAGAUCUCGCCCAGCACGUUGAAGAACAGCUUCUUCCCCUCGCCCAUCAGCUCGGUGUCGCCGGGCCUCCACAGCUUCACGGAGAAGCACCAGCUGAUGAGGAGGAGGAAGUCCAUCUAGACCAUCAGGAACCAAUGCUGCUCCUUGCCAAAUCUCAUUCCAGCACUUUCCUUUUUUUUGUUUUGAUUUGUUUUGGUUUUCAUGGAGAACAAACACUCCAUUGGGAUGCAAGCAUGAAGCAUGGAUGUCUAUUUUUCCAAGGGAUUAGCAGAUACGCAAACCCAUCAAUGAACUUUGCUCCACACUUGGGGAAAUGCUAUUUUUCAUAACUUGAAGAAGCGUCGCACAGGAUGAUUUUUUUCUACAAGCCAUCAUCAUCAUCAUCAUCAUCAUCAUCAGGCCAAAACAUAUUAGCAUGUGCUUUCUUUUUGUCUCCUGUUUGGAAGGAUCAUGCUGCUGUUCCUCGUGUUCUCCUCCUGUGGAGCGUUUAAACACCGCAUCUCGUCCCCACGUGAGACACCCAACACGUCAAUCUGGGGUGAUCCUGCAGGGAAGCUAACACCUUUGCUAAAGAAUCCAUCACUUCUAUCAAGGAGAUAUUGUCAUGUGAAGUCCUCUUGCUACUUCAGCCCAGCAACAUUCACCUUACCAGUUAAAUAUACCCUCAUGUACGAAAACUGUAGAUUUACACAACCCUUAUUUCCUUUUUAUAUUUUCCAAAGGCCCCCAUUAUGUCCAUUUUUUUUGAGAAGCAACAUAAAAAUGGCCGCCCUAAUUUUAUACCUGCUGUAUUUUAAUUUAUUUUUAUCUUAACGCAGCUUAUGCCGCCCUCUUUUUAUUUACCUCGUAUAUCGCCAAGCAAACGAAAAUAUUGAAAAAGUAUUUCCAUGUAUAAUAUUUUAAAUAAUAAAACUAAAAUAAUACUAUAUUUAAUACAGUGUAUAUAUGUAUUAUUUUUAUUAUUUAAUAAUAAUACAUUAAAGUAUUGAUAUUACCCCCUGAAGAUGGCAUGUGAAUGUGAAUAAAUAACUAAAAUAACCUCUUUGGAGGAGCUAAAUGAAUGUGCUGGUAUAUAAGGGAAGAAAAUAAUACAUGAAAUGAUCCACCUGUAUGAUAAUAAUGAUAGUAUUGAUUAAUAAACCGCCCCCCCACGUAACUACGGUAGUUAUAUAACCCCUGAAAGCGAGCCUGUGGAUGAAACAUGGCCAGAAAAAAUGUGUAAAUAAUAAAGGCUCUAAAGAAAAAAAAAAGGAAUACUUUGUAAAAAUAUAUAAAAUAUAAUGAAUAAUGUCUUGCAGCAGCCUAGUGGAGAACCAAAGUAUGACAUUGCAACAAGAGUAGGUGAGUAUAAAUGGGAAUAAAGCCACCAGAGAUGAUGCUGAUGGAAAGGAAUGAAACGAUGCAGAACUUUAUAGGCAGUAAACAUCAGCAUGAUCCUUUCAGUUGUUGUUAAAGAAGACUGUAUUUUGCUGGAAUUUACGUUUCUUUAAUGUCUUGAAGAGAUGAGCUUUACUCGAGUGCAUCUUAACGUCCCACCUGGUCAAACUUGCCAAUAAUGUUUGCUCUCAGGUUUGAACCAAUCGCCUUCUCCUUCUUCUUUGUUUGGCUUUGCUCCCUAAAUGGACACGAUGUACAUAUCCAUGAUCCUUAUACGGUUUUCCAAGAAAGACUACUGAGGUGCAUCAUCUCGCCAGGCCAAGUCUCCUUUGUAGAUAUCUGAGACCAUUCCGGCCUGUUUUAAAGCCCGAUCUGCCUUUUCUCUCACACAGAAAGCAUGGUGAAAGCAUUUCAAGUGUAUAUUUAUUACAUAAAGUGUAUUGUGUGAACCGAGUAGAGCCUUUUAUAAGUUGCACAAGGCUGACAGCUCCUUUCUCCACCCUUUUAUUGAGAUCUACCCAAUCCAAAACCCACAUUUCUUUGUGGAAAACUCCCAUUGAGCCUCGUGUGCAUCUUGCCUCGUGUCCUCACAGGGAAGACGAGCACUAGCGCUCUAUUUUGACAGACAAAAUGCUCAAAUCUGAUGUAGACACACACACACACACACACACACGGUGUGUGAGAUAAGCCUGUUCAAGCGAUGUUUCAUUAUGGGAACAUACACUGGCUUACAUGUUUGUAUCAAGCUAUGGAAUAUAAAGGCUUACCGUGAUGUUGUACACAUCUGCAAACGUGCCUUGAAGAAAACGGAAGUGGCACAUUUCAACACGUUCAUUUACACUCGUUUCGUGUAUAGUUUGUACCACAAACUCAAAAAAGGAACACAGUGUAUGACCUCUUCAUCACCCCACGCUUACUCACAUGCCGCUUUUUAUUUUUUCUGUUGCAUGGAGGACGACGACGACGACUUCAUACCAACAAAGGAUAUGUCGGGUACAACAAAGGAGUAGUAGGGCCACGCUGGAAAGAAACAACGUAGUGAUGGUGUGAUGGGGUUUAGCAGAACAAAGUUGUCAGGUAUUCCUUAUUUACUCUCGUCAAAUCAUGAGAAGUCUCCUCCCAGUAAAGAAAUACAUAACACCCAACUUCAUUCUCUUGACAUUCCAACCUGGUAACAUGAACACUUUUUUCCUGGUAAAAGUUCGGAACAUUUCCAGUUCAUUCGCCCAACAGUGCAACUUUUUGACUUUUUCCCGUAAGAGUUCAGACUUCAUUUGUACAACGUUGGACUUUUUUCUCCUAACGUUCCGACUUCAUCUUGCUAACCUUACAACUGCCAUGUUUGUCCUGGAACAUGACACCUUUUUCUUCUAAAGUUUUGUCCUCAUGAAGUUCCGACUCCUAUCAUCGUGUCAUUCCAAGUUCUUUCUCCUAACAGUUUGACUUCCUUCUUCUAACGGUGCAACUUGUUUCUCGUCAUAAAACAACUUUACCCUCCGAAAAUCAUGGCACUGUCUUGUCAAAGGUUACGACUUUUUUUCUCGUAAAGUUCCGAUGUCAUCUUUGGAGCAUUACAUCUUUUUUCCGUUACGUUAUGAUCUUUUGCUUGUGAAAUUACAACUUCUUUUGACAAAAUUGUAAUAAUACGACAUUUUCUCCUAAGCUGCAAAGUUUUUUUCUCGUUAAGUUCAGACGUCGUCAUUACAAGUUUUCUCGUAACAUUCGACUUUUCAGAUUUCUGUAGCAGCGCAACUUCUUUCUCGUGACAAACCGAUAUUCUCGUAAAAUUGUGACUUUUUCUCGUAAAAAGCUGUGACCUCAUAUUGGCAACAUUGGGCUUUUUUCUCGCGAAGAUCAGACGGACUUCAUCGUCAAGACAAGUCAAGUCUAACGGCGCCACUUAUUUCCCAUAACAUUUUGACGUUACUCUUGUCGCCGUGCAACUUCUUUCUCGUGAUGAAGCGUGAUUUUACGAGGACCAGAUAUCCUCGUGAGGUAUCCCCACUUUCUCGUAAAAGUUACGACUCCAUAUUUGCAACGUUCAAGUUUUUUCUCAUAAACUUGCGACUUCAUUUUUGUAACAUUACAAUUUAUUUUUUGCAUUAUAUUACUUUUUUUUUUUUAAAUUUUUUUUUUUUUUAAAAAAAGGGAAUAAUAACUACUUUUUCUUCCAAAGUAAUUUUUUUUUUUCUCGUAAAGUUCCGGGUUCAUAUCGUUAUAAUUUCUUUCUUCUAACGUUUAACUUUAUUCUUGUAAUAAACCAACUUUAUCCUCGUAAAAUCAUGACUUUUUCUCCUAAUCAGUUCCAGCUUCACAUCGGUAACUUUGGGCUUUUUUCUCGAGUCUUUCCAACUUCUUUCUCGUAACAUUUGGACUUUUUUCUUGUAAGCGCUUCACAAUGAAGUGAACCCAUUAUUCAUUCCCUCCUGAGUCACACACUAGCUUUGGUAUUCUACAUGCGUAACCACAUGUGCCCCGGGGUAGUCUGACAGAGAUGUGGCUGCCAAUUAGCGCCUACGGCCUCUUCCACCACCACUAAACAUUCAUUCACCUUCAUUCACCAGGGUGGGCAGCACCUUUGUCCCAUUUGGACUUCUUUCUCAUAACAACAAACAUUUUAUACCUUUUUAUUCCCAAUGUUGGCGUUUUUCUUAGCAGUUUGACUCUAAUACUCCUUUGUUGUGUUCUUUCAUCUGUUAGCAAUGCCACAUUUCAACGCAACUUUUGUUUGCGAUUGAACAAACGAUGUACCAUCCAUUCCGUCUUUGAACACAAGGGGGCGACAAAGCUGAGGGUAAAGACAUUUCCGGUUUCCCUUUGCACCUUUGCUUUGACUUUUGGAAAGGGUGUGUGCAUGAUUUGGUGUGGGUGACUCACUGGGUUUGCACAGCCGGGUGAAGCCAUAGCACACUUUAUUAAUAAAACAGACACAAAAGCUGAGCUUCUCAAAGCCUUCUGUCUUCCUCUAAUUUGUUCAAGCCUUUCUGACUCUUUUCAGGCCCAAACCAGCGAAUGUGUCGCCCGAAUGUUUUCCCAUGCAGUGCAGCUGUAGCGUUUUAUCCGGCCCCUCGCUGCAGUAAUUACACUGCCAGCCGCACAAACGUCAGGCAACGCAAAGGGCGACACAAUAAGAGCACAUGCUGAGGGGCUGGUCGGGCCUUCUCGUGUUGGCCAAAGCUGUAAUUUUGCAUCGUAAGCCGAGCCAAGUCGACGACAACACGAUGGAGCUCUGCAAUAAGCAGGUGCACGCACACGCUGCCAAUAUUUCGU